AUGGCCAACGGUCUGUACCACCUGGUCAAGUUGGGCGUGGGUCUACUCCUCAUGGGCAACUUCGCUCUGCCGCUCGUCGUUGUCUUCCGCAACGAAGCACUCUGGGACGAGCCCAUGGUGCUUCUCGUCACUAACCUCGCCGCCGCCGACUUCGCUCUAGGAUUCACUGCGGCCGCCAUCGGUGUGGCAGACAUAGUGUUCGAGCGGAUGCCGCCACCACUCUGCUCCUUCAUCAUGUUCUCUAGCGUCGGUGCAGCCGUAGCCAUGAAGCUGGCGCACGUCUGGCUGGCGUUGGACCAGUUCGUCGCUGUCAGCUUCCCGCUACGCUAUUACGAGCUGAUGGAGAACAUCACGAAGCGGCUGCUGAUGCUGACCGGCCUGCUGGCGUUGCUGCACCUCGUCAUCGGCAUGAUCAUGUUCUACCUGGGCUUGGAGACGCAGGCGGAAGAGUACCAGCGCAUCAACAACGACACACAGAUUCUGGACGGCUGCCGCUGGGAGACCACCAUCCCCAGCAGCUACAUGAUCACAUUCGAGGUGGAGAUCUUCUGCUUGGCCUUCACGGCCGCUGGCCUCUUCAUCUACACCGGCUUCGUGGGACUGCGACACCAGUCCCGCAUCCAGUCGGAGCACCUGACCGACGCCGCCGACCACCAGCUCGAGAAACGCUUCUUCACCAACUUCCGCGCCUUCAAGAAGAUCAUUCGCGUGAUCCUGCUGACGCUGCUGCUGGACGGGCUGAGCGUGAUCCCACGCAUCGCCAGCCGCUGGUACCCGAUGCCGCUGCUCAACGGCCUGCUCCACCAGCUGCGCCUGAGCCUGAUCGUAAUUGAGGGGUGGACGUACGGUCUGUUGAACGCCAGGAUGCGCGCCGCCUACGGUGAGUUCAUCGGUUGCGGCCUGUGCUGCGGCCCUGCCGCGGAGGGCGCCGUGGCGCCGGCGCCGGAGCCGGCCGACAUGCCGGAGCAAGGCGGCAUCGCCGAGCCAGGGGUGGCGCCGCCCGCCGAGCACUGGCUGCGGCUGCGGAUCGCGGUGGGAGCCCAGGAGGGUCUACAGCUGCUCGGCAACAACCAGUAG